UAUACCUUUCUGGGUUUUAUGAGGUUAUUUAAGAAAUUACGUUUCCCUCACUGAAACACGGGGAAGCCACAUGGAAGAAAACAAUGGCCCCAACGGAGAAAUUUCUGAUUGACAUAAGUGGAGAAGUUCCCUUAGGAACAUCAUGUACCAUCAAAGCAGCAGAGCCCCAGGUCAUCUCUUACUCUGCCUAGUUAUGUGCUAUGGCAAGAAGAUAUGUUUAAGGUUCCCAUAGCCUUGCAUUGCAAUUCAAUGCUCUGGGAGAAACGGCCGCCAUAUGGUCUACACAUAGCAGGUUCCUUUCAUAAUUCACACAUCCUGAAUGUGGCACUAUCCCCCAAAUGGUACAUUUAUUGUCAUUUUGUUCAACACAGGGAGCUUCUAGGAUCAGAACUGCUCCUUCAAAUCUACCGAUAGGCGAGCCCAUCAAUUCUCUUGUCAGGUCAGAUGGUUCACAAUUAGCAUAACUAGCUGAUCAUCUACCCAGUGGUUAUGACUACGGUGGCAUAAUAUUUCAACUGCAGGGGAAGCAUUCCGGACCGCCCCUAAGUAGACUAGUCAGGCUGGGAAUGGCCGGCAGGUCUUCCCGUAUUAAGAGGAGUGAACCACUACAUCCUGCUUGGCCAUUCUCCUUGUCUCCAUCAUUAGAUACAGCUCAAAAGACCUAAGGGAGAUGUGCCCAGGACAAGUGUGUGGCUCUUCUUCCCACUGAGGCUCAAUGGCCCAGCAAAGCAUGAAAGUGAGGCCUGUGCUCCUAAAGCGAAGCAGUCUCGAGUCUGUGGAGCUCGUGAAACAGCCACACCAUCGCAGGAGCAAAUCGCAGCAAGUGCGAUUCAAGGAAGAUGGGAACCCAAAGCAUCCAACCGGCAUAACUGAGGUUGAUAUCCAGACCCCCGAUGACCCGGGGGUAACGGGGAAGACGCAGGCAUCCCGGCACCAUCAUCCUGCCACCUACUCGCUGUCUUUCCCCAGGUCCCACAAGGCAGGUGGCUUUCGCAGCAUCUCUAUCCAGACCUCCCCAAGUCUCAGGAAGCAUUUCCCAGUUUUCAAGAGGAAGAAACUCACAGCUAGCAAGUCCCUGGUGGAAAUGCCAGCAGCAUCCCCAAGUGCCAUCCAGGUCAACGGCAACCUCUCUGAACAGGAUAUCGUGUCCUCUGACCUUGCCUUCCUUAGGCUGGCUCAGCAUCUUGAGGAUGGGCCUCGAAGGCUCAAAAUGCCCCACCCGUUCCUCCCUAGGAUGCCCAAGGUGCAAAGCAACGGGCCUGUUAGCUUCUGCUUGGAAUCUGCGACAUGGAGGUCCUCAGAGAAAGCAACAGCUGCCAUUCAGGUUCCUGAUGAUAUUUGUCACAGUCCAACCUGGGAAACUAGAGAGCCUGCUUUCAGCCCAGAAAGCUCAGCUGAAGAGAAUAACUCCAUACCCCCUUUGGUAGCCAUGUGUCCAGGGGAUGGACAUAGAGUGAUGACAUCAGAUCUAGAAAGAGUCCCCUCCUGCUCAAAUGCCAACAGUAGCACCAACAACACCCCGGGCACAGGGAAACUCACACCUGAAUUGCUUUUGCCCAAAGACAACCCUGACAACAAAGACCUUGGUCUUCUUUCAUCUCAUUCGAGGAAGAUGUGUGUUUCCUCACCACCACGGACUCAUAGCUCCUCAGAGACAGGCUCUGACAGCCAGCCAGCCCAUGUAGGAAGAGUCUCUGAUUGCCCAGGGUCACGUGACAGUCAGCAGGACCUGGAGUCACAGAGAAGUAGCAGUGCAUCCAAGUCUGGUCCUGUGUGCUGGGAGCACGUGACAAAGAUCCCCAGCCAGUCAGAUGUGCCAGAGCUUCAGACUGGCCUUAGGAGUGAGUACCCCACUUCCUCCAUUCCAAGGCAGGAGAACAGACCUCAAAGCAGAGAGAUUGGCGGGAGGAAUCACAGUCACUUGGCUCAGAGGGAACUCGGUGACCUCCAAGGCCGGCUGCAAUCAGUGGAGGAAUCGCUGCACUCGAAUCAAGAGAAAAUUAAAGUCCUAUUGAACGUGAUUCAAGACCUGGAAAAGGCUCGUGCCCUCACCGAAGGGCGCAACUUUUACCGAACUGGCCAAGAUCUCAACAACUGCAGCACCUGCCAGAACACAGCGUGCAUCAUUUACAGCGUAGAGUAUGAUUUCCGGCAGCAGGAAGGCAGGUUCCAUGAGGUUCUCCAGAGCCUGGAGGAGGCAGAACCAGCUGAGGAAGCCCCUUCCCCACCCAAGUCCCCAGCAGAAGCCCCAGUCCCUGAGAAACAGGACUUACGGCGGAAGAGCAAGAAGGUGAAGAAGAAAUGCUUCUGGUGGAUAUGAGAGGAUUGGGGAUCGCCACAUUCCUUCCUGAGAUGGGGGAGGGAAUCUCCUGCUCUCAAGGCUUCCCUGCUCCUCUGCAAAAGUGCAGGCUGAGAUUCCCUUGACCCCAUGAUACAGGAAUGCCUCAGAGCUGGUACACUGAUGGACACCUGGCCACUGACCUUACCUGAGUGUGUGCCACG